AUGAGUGCUACACAUUCAAAUGAGCCGAAUGCUACUGAAGAAUAUACAACCUCACGUGAAGAACAACAUCAACGUUAUCCAUCGACAAAUUCUUCAACACCGAAUUCAUCAGGCGGUGAAAAGCAAUUUAAUUUGACUAGCAAUAAUGAACGAUCAGGACAAAAUUCAAGAACAAGUUCUUUGGCUGAAUCAACAACAACUUCAUCAACAUCGAUUAAUAAUGAAGGCUUUUCCAAUGUUGGAGAAAUUAUACAACAUUUACAAAGAGUUUGGCUUGAUAAUAAUAAUCAUGAGAGUUCACGUCGAACAGGUAGCAAUUCGGGUACACAAUCGGCAAAUCACUCAAAUCUAAAUGAAACAGCUCCAUCACAUCAUUCAAAAGGUCAUUCACAAUCAAAUCAACAACAUUAUAAUCAUCAUCAAUCUGGUCAACAACAACAGCAUAACCAAUAUUCUGGACAACAAUAUUGGAAUAACUAUAAUAAUCCUCGCCGAUCUGGCAGUGGAAAUUAUACCCGAAAUUAUAGCGGAGGAAAUAAUGAACUUUAUUGGAAUCAAAAAUCGAAUCGAUUUCCAUCACAUCGUUCAAUGAAUAAUCUUAUGACAAAUUCAGCUAAUUAUCAACAACAAUCUCAAUCAUCACCACCUACACAGCGCCGUCAAGGUGAGCAACAACAGCAACAGCAACAAUAUUACCACAAUGAACAGCAACAACAACAACAACAACCAUCACAGUCAUAUUUUAAAAAAAAUCGUGCUGAUCAUCGUCCAAAUGGAUAUACAAUGCAACAACAAUCGUUAGAUUAUUCAUCUAAUACAACUACAUCUGAACAGUCGAAUAUAAAUUCAACACAGUCAUAUCCGAGUAAUCUAAACUCAUACAACAGAUAG